GGUUCGCAUUCGCACUUGAUAGGUCGUCGUAGUAAGAGUAUCUUUUCGUUUAAUCGUGCGCUCGUGCGGUAUUGGAUAUUUUGUGUGUGCUGUGUCUUCCUCAGUAUCUUCUUCCACCCAGCAUUUUUUCCAAUCCAUUAUUUUAAACAACCUCUCGCAAACCUUACCCAAAGAUUAUAGCUAUUUUGUUUACUUUUCAUACUUUUUAAGUGAACUCGAAUAGAAGACAUAGUCAUUAUGACAGCGUUACCAAAAAUCGAUAUUGACAACCCUCGUUACGAGCAGAGUACUUAUUUGAACAGAGCUAAGCAUUUCUUCCUGCUGACGAAUCCUUUGAAUGUUCUCGCUACAAAUGCUGAACUCGAACGAGCCCGAAAGAUUGUACUGGAUUACAAGGCGGGCAAGCCGGUGCCAGAAUGCAAAACGGUGGAUGAUUUGUGGAAUGCCAAGUAUUUGUAUGACUCAGCUUAUCAUCCUGAAACGGGGGAGAAGUCACUUAUUAUUGGAAGGAUGUCGGCACAGGUGCCAAUGAAUACAUUAAUUACUGGAUGUAUGAUGGCAUUCUACAAGACUACACCAGCUGUUGUAUUUUGGCAAUGGUUUAAUCAAACAUUUAAUGCAGUUGUCAAUUAUACCAAUCGAUCAGGUUCAACUCCAAUAUCUAAAAAUCAAUUGGCCACAUCAUAUGUUUUGGCGACAGGUGGCGCUUUGACCACAGCCCUUACAUUAAAUAGAUUAGUUAAAAAUUUAAAUCCUUUAAUUGGUCGACUUGUCCCUUUGACAGCUGUAGCUGCCGCUAACUGCAUCAACAUUCCAAUGAUGCGCAUGCAGGAACUUCGUAACGGUGUUGUGUUACUUGAUGAUCAAAACAACGAAGUUGGAGUCUCGAAAAAAGCGGCAGCUACUGGAAUUUCAACUGUAGUUUUGAGUCGUAUCGCCAUGGCUUGUCCUGGAAUGGUGCUAACACCACUUCUCAUGGAAAUUCUCACCAAACGUGGUUUUAUCAAACGAUAUCCAUGGGCCAAUGCACCAAUUCAAACCCUCUUCUGUGGUUUUGUGCUUAUAUUUGCAACACCGUUAGGCUGUGCUUGUUUCAGUCAAAGAGCUUCCAUUAAUGUUUCCAGCUUAGAACCCGAAGUCCAGGAAGCUAUUAAAAAGAAGAAUCCAGAUCUUACAGUUGUGUCAUACAACAAAGGACUUUAAGAGAACAAACACAUCAAAAUUGAUAUAAAACAUUCAUAAACAUUGAAACAAAAAAAUGGAAAAAAUAAGACAAUAAAUAGUCGAUUAGCAUGUCAUAGUCAUGGACUGAAUAGGUUUUUGCGUAGGAUUUUUUUUUGUUUAUUUUCUUCAAGUCAAUCAGAGUUCAUUUGGCACAAAAAAAAAACUACUUAUUUAAUUAUUUUGUUCAUCUAGUGUUCCUUUAGAAAGAUAAUUUUAAAAAGAAAACGAAAAAAAAAAUAAACUUUAAUGCAUUUCAACAGGGUAAAAAUAGUGACUUGACAUUACUAACCCAAAAAUACCUCAUUGUAAUGUAUAUGCUAUAAGUUUACUUAUUAAGUUUUUCGUGUUGCAUUUUACUUUUAAUCAGAAAAAAAGUAAAACGCACUAAAUUUUAUUUUGUUUAACAAUAAAAGAUGAAGUUAUAAAUACAAAA